AUGUACAUUCCAGACGACCUCCGGCAUUUUGGCGCCCGUCAGAAUGGGCCGGCCAGCGACCCAAACACGGAGAAGAGCAGCGACAAUGGCGGGGACCACACUACGAACAAGAAGAACAAUAUCUUCAUCAUUUGUGCAGCCUGCAUCAUCUUCGUCCUGUCAUUUAUUUUGAUGCUCUAUUUUGUACUGCGAACCCUCCGCCGAAUGGAAUGCCGCCCGAAGUAUAUACCAGGAAAGUUCCUGAAGGAUCGGUGGAAUCGAUGGAACGUGGGUGUCACGUAUGGACAGGUGCCCGAUGGAUCUUCGACCAACAACCCCGGAAACGCCUCGACUGAAGCACCCCCAGAAGGAGGCUCUGAAAUGCACACCACCAAUACUGCUGUUCGACGAGAAACUUCAAUCCGGUCUAUUAUCACCCUUCCUCCAUAUUCUGCGAGCCCCAAACCAACAGAACAGGUCAUUGCUCGGGAGGGCGAACGAGAGGGUAUGGAUGUCGUGGUUGAGUUCCCUGAAACUGCUGAGGAGGAGGAGGAGCGCAGAGAAAAUUUGAUGGAGUCCUUGUACCAGGUUCGCUUGCAACGAAGACAGGAGCUAGCCGAACGGGAGCAGCGGCGACAGGAGCGUCGUGAGGCUCGUGCUCAGGGAGAUCAUGCCCGCCUUGAACAGCUACGAAUGCAAAGUCGGGCGCGCGCACAGAGUCGAUCAUCUGCCAACGCUAGUAAUUCGACCCUUAGCGCGACGCUUGCAGAAAGUCAGGGUCGUGGUCGCGACAGACGCAUUUCCAGUGUUUCCUAUGCCGAGGUAGGAUACGUCCGUCACGACGGAUCGCGUGUUCGAGCCUCGUCGCCCGAUUCAGACCGUCGGCCUCUCCUCACAGAUGCUACUGGCAUGAGCUCCGAAGCUGCCGAUCGCUCCUCGGGCUCGAUUCUCACCGGCAUUCAUUCUCGAGGUGAAUCAUAUUCGUCCUUCCAGUCCGGCGCCACCACCAUUUCCGAAGCAGACACUCUGACUCAGGUUCGGUCUCACGCAACUUCUACUCACUCUCUGGGACAGCCUAUUCCAGGGCCGGAAGAUGGUGGUGACGUCGGCGCCCUCCACAUUCCGCCUCCGGAUUACGAAGACCUCGACUGGGGAGAGGCUCCUCCUUAUCAAAGUCCAAUCGCUGAACGAGGUGAACAUGCGCCUCAGCUGCGGGAAUUGACUCCCUUACCCACAAUCCAUAUCGAUGCUGCCAGCCCGAUCAGCAAUACUCCCACAACACCUACCAAUCCUUUGCGAGCAGAAGAGGUUCCGACGACACAUGCACCCGUGGUAGAAAGUCCUGAUGAGGACCGUCCACUUGUUGAGCUAUCGAUGGAGGGUCACUCGGUCACGGAUGGCUCGCAUACUCACGAUAUGUCGCGCGAAGCCACAACCAACAGCUUCGCGUCCUUUGGCUCAGACUUUGAUCCCGAGCACGAAGCUCUCGAGUCCACCAAAGACAUCGGAAGAAGCCCACGACUCCCCAACAUGCAUAGCAGUGCACGGAACCGCCGCGAAAUCCAGCAGGAUGAAGAGCCAGAUUACGCCUUUAACACCUCAACGUUCGAGCAAUACCUCCCCAACUUUUCCCCGGUCGGCACAUCAGAAGAGGAGAUGGACCAUGACGAUGACGAUAGCAUUUCGAUCGAAGCCGGAAGAGGACCCGUAAAGCCUGCACGCCGCUUAGACGACUCAAGAAACUCCUACAUGAGCAUCGAGAAUAGCAUUCGUUCGUCGUCACCAGCUAUUAGACUCGACUACCCUACAUCGAAUACACCACAGAAGUCCGCUCUACGCAACGCACCCAAAAGGGCUGCGAGUGAGAGUCUUCGUAAGGAUGCCCAGAUUCGACGCGCCAGCCAAGCACAAAAGGAGAACCUCGAUCCCAAGGCGACCCGGAAAGACCAGCGCCGUACUCUCUCAGAUUUUCAUGCAAAGGUCCGUGACUCCUACGAAGGAUCCUUGCUUGAAGACGAACGGCCGUCGGGAGUGGCCAACAACACGCGUCCGACGCGUUUCGGAAAUCCCAACCUCUCCCACCAGAUUGCGGACGCUGUUGAGAAGGCUUCGCAGGAGGCCUAUGCUCGCGAGAUGCGUCGUGGCAAGGCUGCGGCGAGCUCUCGCAGCAUGCAUAACACGGCUGGCGACACAGCCACCCAACAAUCAUUCCUCCUACCCGACCUACCGAACUUGUCGGAGCUAGUGUCAGGGGUGUAUGAAGAUGGUACCCCGGUAUAUGCACGCCAAAAUCGCCCGCGCACUACGCGUUUUGUCUCUCCCCUGCACGAUGUCAUGGACGUAUCUCUAACGCGCGAACAUAUACCGCUCGAUGCGGUCCCUAUUCCAGAAGACGAGAAAGCUCUCUUUGUUUCGUUGAGAUUACUUCAGGAUAAGGUGGCUGAGCUUGAGAGAGCCAAGUUCGAUGCUGAGAAGAGAGUCGAAGAAAUGAGACAGGAGAAUGCGUCAUUAAAGACAAGCAAGUCUCGUGGAAAAGAGAAGGUUUCUCGCACCAGAUCGUAUGAGUCUGAGGAAGAUGAGUAUAGAAAGGAUCGCUUUGCGCGUGAGAAUCAAAAAUUGGAUGCAGCGAAUCUCGCUCUACAAAACAAGCUGGACAUGAUCGAGAGGAAGGCCGAGAUUCAAGAGUCUGCACUCAAGCGGUUGAACCGAGAGCGAGACAUGGCGGUUUCUCAAUUGGGUGUGUCCUAUCUGGAAUCACAGGACCUUAAAAAUGAAGUUGAAGCUCUUCGUCAGGAGAACGCCGAGCUUAAAUCCCAAUUGGUGAAGGUCGCAUCGGGUUCCAAGGAUCAGGACGAGACUUAUGAGUCCGAACAAUCAUCUGCAACCGAGAUAAGCGACGAAGAUAGUCAGUUUGAUACACAGGCGAGCAGAAACUUCAGCAGAAGCACUAAAGACCUUACCUCGAAGAGCUCGCGCUCCCGAUCCAAGGCCGGUCGUCAGGGGCAGUCAAAUACGAAAAUCUCUACUCAGGUAGACAAGGAAAUAGCUCGCUUAGAAAGAGAACGUGCUGAAGAGGCUCUGUUCUCGCUUGACCUUUCGCAAUCAAAAGAGAAAUCUAAGUCGAGAGCAGAGAAAGCCCGAAGCAAGGCCAGGACUAGCGAUGCCGCGUCCAAGAAGCAAUCCAACACCGGCAAGCAGUGCGUCAAGAGGGUGGUUGUGGAGGAGAUCGAUGUGAGUGAGCCUGUUGACUCCACUGGUGAGGUCACGAACAAUACCAAAAAGUCUCCGGUGGCGGAACAGGAUUUGACGCUUCUGAGCUUCGUGGACGAACGCGAAAUCGCCCAGCUACGGAAGACCUUGGAGGAGGAGCGCCUGGCUCGCAAGAAGCGCCAAGCAACCGCUACCAAGGAGUUAGCUGGCAAUGAGAGUGGGAAUACCACCCGCCAGAGCGUGGCAAAGCCCGGAAUACCUAGAAAAUCAUCCCUUAAAGAAAGCAAGGGGCUGCCAGCAAGACCCGCAUCAGCAAUGGGCGACUUGACCGCCACAUCCAAGGCUAGCAUGAUUGAAGGAGACAGCAACCUCUCAGUGCCUGUUGAACGUCACAGACGUCAUUCAGACCAUGCUGCGACCACUGCUACUCCAAGGCGGCGACGUCAGAUGGCCGAGGAGAUGACCUCCGCGUUCAUCCUACCUGAUAUCACUCUCAAUCCUGCAAGCCUUGUCGAUAAUCUGACUAAGCUGCCUGAACCCACGCAGCGUGCGCUUGACAGUGCUACCCAGCAUAAUGGCAAGAAUUGUACCGUCUGUAAGCGUGUCAUGCCUGGUGACUCUUGCGACCACUCGGUCGAGACGGUGAAAGUCCCCAAGCCUGUUCCUGUCUCGGAGCGUAUGCCUGAGCCUUCAGUUCUGAACGAAGAUCCUACUAUGCGGCCUGCGCAGUCGCCAGAGAUUGCCCUAGCAACUGUGCUCAAAGCCUUGGAAGAUGAACUGGCACAUCUGAAGAUACAGCUAGUUGCGUACCAAGGUGCUUACAAUAAGCUGGAUGCUUCGCUAAGCAAGAGACAACGAAAGUUGCUUGGUGAGAAGAUUGAGAAGUUGCUGAAAGACAUCGACAUGAAAGCUGAUCAGAUCUACGCCUUGUACGAUGUACUCGAGGGACAGAAACAGGACGGCCGUGAGAUGACCGAGCAGGAAAUGGAAGUAACUCUUCAAUCUAUUGGGAUUGACACAGGUGCCGGCCCGACAGGCGAUUUGACCGCCGCAUCCAUCAAGUCCUCCCACAAAGCCCCUGAAACGGAAUUUGACGAUGACGAUGAACUGCCCUGGGAAGGAUUUGAGAGCACGAUGGAACUCACGGGCCGAACCUACCGUAACACAACAUUUUCUCUUCUGAUGACUUCAUCGCAACUACAUCAUGAUCACCACAACAGUUUCAGCGGCGAUGUAGAUGUUCCCACGGAUGCGACCGAAGUCAGCAAGGCUGCUUAUCUCCACCGAGAUCCCUUCCACGAGGGAGGCGAAUUUCUGGGUCCAGCUUCUCCUUCUGAUCACCACACCUUGGAAGACGAAGCAAGCUACAACACCGCUAUCCACGAUGACAGUUCUGUGCAGACUCGGAUUCUUGCGCCCCCGGCAGAAAUCAUCCCUGCCCGACGCUUAUCUAUAGACAUCGCCAAUAGCAGUGAUGGCGACAGCAGCGACGAUGCCAGUGAUGACGACGACACCGAAGGGCCUACAGGCCCUUCGAGCGAAAAGCCUGUGACAUGGGCCUCGCUGCCCAACAAAGGCCAACUUGCGAUCUUGACUUUCGCGCGACUGUCGGAACCUCUGACGCAAACCUCCCUUCAGGCGUACAUGUUCUACCAGCUCAAAUCCUUUGACCCUUCCCUGCCAGACUCGACCAUCUCUGCUCAGGCGGGUGUGCUGCAGGGCAGUUUCACCGCCGCGCAAUUUCUUACGGCAGUCUGGUGGGGUCGCUUGGCUGAUGCGGACUGGAUGGGACGGAAGAGAGUGCUUUUGAUCGGGCUCUUCGGGACAUGCAUCUCAUGUCUGGGUUUCGGGUUUUCGCACUCAUUCGCGGCCGCUGUGGUGUUCCGCACGCUGGGGGGAUGUCUGAACAGCAACGUCGGGGUAAUGCGGACCAUGAUCUCUGAGAUUAUUGAAGAGAAGAAAUAUCAGUCUCGCGCCUUUCUCCUACUUCCAAUGUGCUUCAAUAUCGGGGUGAUCAUCGGUCCGGUCCUGGGUGGUGCACUGGCGGAUCCGCUGAAUAGCUACCCUGAGUUCUUCGGCCCCGGGACAUUCCUUGGUGGUACCGACGGAGUUCAUUGGAUGAGACGCUGGCCAUAUGCGCUGCCCAACUUGCUCAGUGCGAUGUAUAUCUUUGCCUCAUUCUGGGCUGUGUUCUUGGGUCUCAACGAGACCCAUGAAAUUGCGCGCUACCGGGACGACUGGGGUCGGAAGCUGGGACGCAUUAUUACGAAGUUCUUUUCGCGCCGCCGGAGUCGCUAUUAUCGUCGGCUCAGAACCCAUCCGGACAGUGAAUCCAUUUACAUUGAUGGCAGCGUGACCAGCAUGUCCGCUCCUCCCAGCCCUAUCCGUUCCCGUGCUCGGCCGCGCCCCAAACGCCCCAGCUUCUGGCAGAUCUGGACACCAAACGUUCUUCUGACUUUGCUGGUUCAAUUUCUUCUGGCUUUCCAUACCAGCGCAUUCAAUUCGAUGACGUUCACUUUCCUGCCAACUCCACGAGCCCCAGAAGAUAGCCGGAAGGGCUUCUUUCGUUUCAGUGGUGGUCUGGGAUUGCCGUCCUCUCGAGUCGGCAUGGCAACGGCUAUCAUUGGGAUCAUUGGUCUGCCGUUGCAGAUCUUUAUCUACCCCCGCGUGCAAGGUCACCUGGGAACUUUGACCUCCUUCCGAACCUUUCUACCGUUUUCACCACUGGCAUAUGCGUUGAUGCCUUUCCUUCUCGUGCUUCCACGGGUGCCCUGGAUGGUUUGGCCUGCGUUCACGCUUGUUGUGGGUCUCCAAGUUGUUUCGAGGACGUUCGCUCUUCCCGCGGCUGUCAUCCUUGUGAACAACUGCGUCACCGACGCCUCUGUCCUUGGAACAAUUCACGGGGUCGCGCAGAGUAUCUCCAGCGGGGCCCGUACCCUGGGCCCCAUGAUUGGAGGCUGGGGCCUAGGGCUGGGACUGGAGCAUAACUUUGUCGGCGGGAUUUGGUGGGCCCUGGCCCUAGAGGCAUUGAUCGGCUGGUUCGCUCUGUUCAUGAUCUACGAGGGUAAAGGGAUUGAGAGGAAGAAGGUGUUAGAGGAAGAAGAGGAGGAGGAUGGAUUUGAUGAACGUCGUUAA